AUGUCUGACUCGGGUAUAUCUACCGCCAAACUGGCCGUUCAUGAAGAUGCUGGCUACUCAGUCUCGAAAGAGGGUGGUUUGGAAUUGCCUUCUAUCAACAAUAUCCUCUCAGAUCUACCGGAGGUUUCUUCCUCUUUACCACCCCGAACGGAAACCAUUGACCCGGAAGAGCAACAGGAGAUGUUCCGUGAAUUGCGAGACAUCAUUGAGAAGGCCCAGGAGGUCGACGAGGAUGGAAAUAGCCUCGAUCUCAAAGAGCUCCAUGCAUCUCUUGAAGAGGCCGAUGCAAACACAAAACGUGGGCGACGGGACGCCGAUACACUACAAAGUGUGAGCGCUACUCUGCAAAAGCUCUGGGCUUGUAACUCCGAUUAUUUGGUUCAAGCUACUGAGAUUAUUGCGAAUGGUAGCAGAGAUCCUUCAUGGCGUGCUCCAUUUGGCCAGUCUGGUGUUCUGAACUUCUUCCUGGAUGUGGUUUCUUUGAAAGGCGAAGUUGAUACUAGCUUGUUGCUUCAUUCUUUGCGAGUUAUUGGAAACUCUUGUGCCGAUACAGAUGAGAACAGGGAGAUCGUUGUCAAGGGAAACUAUACCCUUGCUAUCAUUCGAUACUUCCUCGAUCCGGAUUUGGUUUUUGUUGCCAUUCCGGUCAUCUACAACAUUUGCAUGGAUUACAAACCAGCACAUGCUCAGAUAGCUGCCAAUCGGGCGGCUUACAUCUUAUUGAAGCUGAUCAAAGAUGGCGAGAUCGAAGACAACGAGGCUCUACUCAAUUUCUCAUACGACUUGAUUGAGUUGGCCUCAGAGCAAGCCGAAGGCAUUGAACACUCCCCCGAUGGAACCAUUCUACUUCUGAUAGAGCUUGCCAUUGAUGAAAGUCUUGAUUUUGCACAUUUCUCAUCAUUGGCGACUUCUCUUGCUGCUUACCUAGAGAACGAAAGGUUCCAGAAUAUCUGCGUGUCAAAUGGAAUGGUGGAAGGCGUGCUGGACGUCCUGCGCCAUUCAUUUUCGAUUGUGGUGGACCCUUCUUUGAGCGAAGACGUCAAGGCUCUCGCACAGGUCCGCCUCAAGAUUAACCAGGCUUUGGCUGAGGUGUCUGCCUCACCAUUGUUCGCCCAAUACUACCCCCUUGACUCUGCUCUUUCACAGACUCUGAAGUCAUGGGUGGUUGCAACCGAAGAUCAGCUUCAGAUCUGCGCCUGUGUUAUGCUUGGAAAUCUCGCCCGGUCCGACGAGAUCUGCCAGGUGAUGGUCCGGGACCUGAAAAUCCACGAAGAAUUGAUAUCCCUUCUCAAAGGUGAUGCCCGUGGUGCGGUCCUACAUUCUUCGCUUGGUUUCCUGAAGAACCUAGCAAUUGCCGGCGACAACAGAGCCAUUCUUGGAGAAGCUGGUAUCAUUCCUGCAAUUUCACGAUUGUGGGCGUUUGAAUCUGUUCCGCAGGUUCAAUUUUCGGCUGCAAGUAUUGCGCGCCAGGUGAUUAUCUCCUCGAUGGAUAACAUUUCCCAUCUUCUCGCUCCUCUCUCGCAAGAUCUUGAUUCCCCGGCUCACCAACGGACCUAUCUCUCUCUCCUCCUGUCUCUCUUCGAGAAAACAGACUCCACGCCAAUCAAGACUGAAAUUGGACGGACGGUCGCUUCGAUUUGUCGGACCGUUAGCCCCAAGGCUCGCGAUGGAGAUGAAGAAGCAAGGUCCUUGCUUGACCGGCUGUACUCCCUGCACGAGGGUGUUUCGUUACCGGUAGGUGCGAUGAUCACACAAACUCAGUGGCCUGUCGUUCGCAGUGAAGGCUGGUUUGCUCUAGCUCUAAUGGCCACAAACAAACUCGGUUGUGCCGCCGUUGUGGACUGCUUGCACAAGACAGAGGUUACCGAGUUGCUCAAGACGACCCUAGGCGGGGGCACUCCUAAUCAAGAUAAGGCCGAGGAGACAGACAAGUCGCAAGAGAUCAAAGACCGUGACAACGCUUUUGUGCUUGUGCAAGGACUGCUGACGAACGAGUCUGCUGCACUUCCCGUGGGUUAUAGAGGUAUGCUGGAAGACUUGGUGAAAGUCAAUGCCUCACAGUUGAAGGCUGUAACAGAUGCUUAA